UAUUUGUUUGUCAUCAUACAACUCUGAAGUAGUGUGGGCUUUUACUUUGAAGGGAUUCGGCUCAUAUCCUCUACGAACAGCCGCAGCCCUUUCCGGUUAGCUAACGCAGAGCUUUCAACUCACAUCACAUUUAGCUAAUAAACGAUUCCUCUUUGAUACAUUUACCCAGUCUAUAGCACUUUCACCGACCAAACACAAACAUGGCAGAGGCCAUUCAGAAGAAGCUGAAAGUAGAAGUAGAAAAAUAUACACAGAUGCAGAAAGAUGUUAGCAAGAGCGUAUCAACCAGACAGAAGCUGGAGACGCAGCUCGCAGAGAACAACAUUGUGAAAGAGGAGCUUGAUCUGCUGGACACAACAAACACAGUGUAUAAGCUUAUUGGCCCAGUAUUAGUGAAGCAAGACCUGGAUGAGGCCAAAGCUACUGUCACAAAAAGACUGGAGUACAUCAACGGAGAAAUUCAAAGGUACGAAACACUCCUGAAAGACCUGGAAAAGAAAUCUGACCAGCAUCGAGAACUCUUGUCUGGUUUACAGCAGGAGUUUCAGAAAGCGCAGGGCAUGGCUGUCGGCAAAGUCUGACCACGUGACUCAGCUGCAUGCUCACACACUGCAAACACACUGCAAACACACACAGAUGGCUUAGUCAUGGUAUAAUGUAAAAGAUUCAACAUAAGGUUGGGUAAAUUCUGCUUGUGUCUUGUCAUUCAUUUGUUAUUACAGUGACUUUCCCUUGUUGCUAAUAAACGUUUUUUUCAUGAAAUGUCA